UCUGGGCCAUAUUGGCAUUGGUCUAUGCAGCGUAGUUGCGGAAAUUUUCCAUAUCAACGAUACUCCUCAGAUCUAUCGCGCGUUGUUGAACGGCAUUUGGGGGUUCACGGAACCGUUUUGACGAUUUCCAGUCGAGGUCCGUGCUAUGGUAUCCCAUUGGAGUUCGUAACUGUGCCUCGUGGUAGGAGCGGUGAUGAUGGUAACCUGGGGAAAGUUGGUGUGACUCGCGCCUCUGUUUCCGCGGAUGGGUUUCCCAAGGAAGAGGUUAUAGGUGCGGGUAGAUCGAUUAUAGGGGGGUUUGUACCGCUAGGGCGGAUGGAGGUCGACGCGGGAUCUGGGUUCUCUGGGGGGAAGUCUCCCUGUUUCAGGUCGAUCCGGCUGGGAGAUCGCGAUGUACUGCGAUCUCCUCCUCCUUCGAUCUGUGCCGGAGGAGGAGGUUGUUCAGAGUCGGAUGAGGUCGAGUUUUGGGGUAGGUUCUCCGUGUUGAUCUCACGGGAGUUUGCGGUUUGGAUUCCCGAAGGGAGAUACGUUGGGAGGCAUUGCUCUAGGUCGAUGACGUUUGAGACCGGUGCUGAGGAGCCGGAUCUCGUGGAAUCGGAGGACAUGGGAUCCAUUUUCGUUGUUUCGCAACGGAGGCGUCGCAGUAUUCUCCCUACAGACUGUCGGGCUGAGCCUGUUGUCGGGAGACCCAACAACAACCAUCUUCCUCGUGAAAACAGAGAGAAAGAGGAAGAAGAACAGGUCCCUGAGAACUAUUCGAACAUGAGGGAGAUCAUUAGCAUUCAUAUCGGACAAGCUGGUAUUCAGGUCGGAAAUUCUUGUUGGGAGCUUUAUUGUCUCGAACAUGGUAUCCAACCCGAUGGCACCAUGCCCAGUGAUAGUACUGUGGGUGUAUGUCAUGAUGCAUUCAACACAUUCUUUAGCGAGACAAGCUCAGGCCAACAUGUUCCUCGGGCUGUGUUUCUUGAUCUCGAACCAACCGUCAUUGACGAAGUAAGAACCGGCACUUACAGACAGCUUUUCCAUCCCGAGCAACUUAUCUCUGGCAAAGAAGAUGCAGCCAAUAACUUUGCUAGAGGCCAUUACACUGUUGGAAGGGAAAUUGUUGACACCUGCCUUGAAAGGCUGAGGAAAUUGGCCGACAAUUGCACAGGGUUACAAGGAUUUUUGGUGUUCAAUGCUGUUGGGGGUGGAACAGGUUCUGGUUUGGGUUCUUUACUGUUGGAGCGCUUGUCCGUAGAUUUUGGAAAGAAAUCUAAACUCGGUUUCACCAUAUACCCUUCUCCUCAGGUUUCUACAGCAGUUGUAGAGCCAUAUAACAGUGUUCUCUCGACUCAUUCUCUUCUCGAACACACAGAUGUUGUUGUUCUUUUGGACAAUGAAGCCAUAUACGAUAUCUGCAGGAGAUCUUUAGACAUUGAGAGGCCUACGUACACCAAUCUGAACCGCUUGAUCUCCCAAACCAUCUCUUCGCUUACAACUUCUCUGAGAUUUGACGGUGCCAUCAACGUGGACAUCACAGAGUUCCAGACCAACCUUGUACCUUACCCUCGGAUCCACUUCAUGCUCUCCUCUUAUGCACCUGUGAUUUCAUCUGCAAAGGCCUACCAUGAGCAGUUCUCGGUCCCUGAGAUCACGACUUCUGUCUUUGAACCUUCCAAUAUGAUGGCCAAAUGUGACCCAAGGCAUGGGAAGUACAUGGCUUGCUGUUUGAUGUAUCGUGGUGACGUUGUGCCUAAGGAUGUCAAUACAGCCGUUGCUGCCAUCAAAACCAAGCGAACAAUUCAGUUUGUUGACUGGUGCCCAACUGGAUUCAAGUGCGGAAUAAACUACCAGCCGCCUUCAGUUGUUCCAGGUGGUGACCUGGCGAAGGUUCAACGAGCAGUUUGCAUGAUCAGCAACAAUACUGCAGUGGCGGAAGUGUUCUCUCGCAUAGACCACAAGUUUGAUCUCAUGUACUCCAAAAGAGCAUUUGUCCAUUGGUAUGUAGGUGAAGGCAUGGAAGAAGGAGAGUUCUCUGAGGCCCGUGAGGAUCUUGCUGCUCUUGAGAAAGAUUAUGAGGAAGUUGGUGCAGAAGGAGCAGAGGAUGACGACGAAGAAGGCGAUGAGUAUUAGAAAGACACAAGAGUGGUUUUCCAUUGUUUCUUUCUUGUGACAUACAGCAACUAUGUCUAUGUGAAUGUGAUCUCUACAGUUAUUUUGUGAUGUUUUACGGGUCUCUCCCCUUUUAUUUCUCAUUUGUGUUUGCUAAUGGAUUGCAUUUAUAGUGCAUCUCAAUACAAAGUUUGAAGGAUU